AUGGACAACAGAGGGAGGAGAGGAACGAACGGAUCUUUGAAACGCUCGUCGAUCAAACGCAGCGCAUCAUCUGGUUCACAGAAAAUCCAGAGAGCAUGGAUCGAGAGAACUUUCCAGAAGAGAGAAUGUGUCCAAAUUAUUCUCAGCAAAGACACCAACAGGUGCAGUUGUGGUCAGGUGGUGACGCAGCACACGUCCAUCUUACCAGGGUGCAAAGAUGAUGGGGCUCCUCUGGUUCAGCUGGAGGUCCAACCUGUAGAGAGAUGGAACCCCCUCAAACACACUCAGCCAUCCCCGACUGACGCCUAUGGAGUCAUUGAGUUUCAGGGAGGAGGACUCAUCAACAAAGCCAUGUACAUCCGAGUCUCCUAUGACUCCAAACCAGACCAUCUGCUCCAUCUCAUGGUGAAGGACUGGCAGCUGGAGCUUCCCACACUGCUCAUCUCCGUCCACGGAGGCCUGCAAAACUUCGACCUUCCCCCUAAACUGAAGCAGGUUUUUGGGAAAGGACUGAUCAAAGCAGCCGUGACCACCGGAGCUUGGAUCUUCACCGGGGGAGUCAGUACUGGAGUGAUCCGCCAUGUUGGAGACGCUCUUAAAGAUCAUUCGUCAAAAUCCAGAGGAAAAGUCUGUGCGAUCGGCAUCGCACCGUGGGGCAUCAUCGAGAACAAAGAAGACCUGAUUGGAAGAGACGUGACCCGGCCCUAUCAGACCAUGUCCAACCCGCUCAGCAAGCUGUCAGUCCUGAACGGCAGCCACUCCCACUUCAUCCUGGCAGAUAAUGGGACCAACGGGAAGUACGGUGCUGAAGUCCGCCUCCGCCGGCAGCUGGAGAAACACAUCGCCCUGCAGAAGAUCAACACACGUCUGGGUCAGGGCGUCCCUGUGGUCUGUCUGAUCCUGGAAGGUGGUCCAAACGCCAUCUCAAUCGUAUUGGAGAGUCUGAAGGAGGAGCCUCCAGUCCCUGUUGUCGUCUGUGACGGCAGUGGCCGAGCCUCUGACAUCAUUUCUUUUGCACACAGAUACUGCGAGGAGGACGGGUUGCUGAGUGACGGCGUCAAAGAUCAGCUGCUGGUCACCAUCCAGAAAACCUUUAACUACAGCCGCAGCCAGGCGCAGCAGAUCUUCCUGAUGGUGAUGGAGUGCAUGAAGAAAAGAGCUCUGAUCACAGUGUUCCGGAUGGGUUCUGAAGGACAGCAGGACAUUGAGAUGUCCAUCCUGACAGCUCUGCUCAAAGGUACGAAUGCAUCAGCAUCUGAUCAGCUGAGUUUGGCUCUGGCCUGGAACAGAGUUGACAUCGCUCGCAGUCAAAUAUUUGUGUACGGACACCACUGGCCUCCUGUAAGCUCCUUAAACACGGACCGACCUAAAAGUCCAAUGACCCAACGACCAGCUGGAGGAGGAGGAGGAGGAGGAGGAGGAAAAGGGAAAGGGAAGGCCCGUGCGAAGAAAGGAAAGGGAGGAAAAACCAAACCAGAACCACCCGAGGAGACUGACCCAAGGAAACUGGAGCUGCUCAGCUGGGUGCACUCUCUGGAACAGGCUAUGAUGGACGCUCUGGUGUUGGACAGAGUCGACUUUGUGAAGCUGUUGAUUGAGAACGGUGUCAACAUCCAUCACUUCCUGACGAUUCCUCGUCUGGAAGAGCUGUACAACACGAAGUUGGGUCCGGCCAACACACUGCACUUUGUGGUCCGAGACGUGAAGAAGGGAAACCUUCCUCCGGACUAUCAGAUCACGCUCAUUGACAUCGGCCUGGUCCUCGAGUUCCUGAUGGGAGGAGCUUAUCGCUGCAACUACACCAGGAAGAGCUUCAGGACCCUGUACAACAACCUUUAUGGCCUCAAGAGGCCUAAAGCUCUGAAGCUUCUUGGGAUGGAGGAUGACGAGCCCCGUCCGAAGGGGAAGAAAAACAAGAAGAAGGAGGAGGAGGUGGACAUCGACGUGGACGACCCCGAGGUCAGCCGGUUUCAGUACCCGUUCCAUGAGCUAAUGGUGUGGGCUGUGCUCAUGAAGCGCCAGAAGAUGGCGCUGUUCCUGUGGCAGCGAGGCGAGGAGGCCAUGGCCAAGGCACUGGUGGCCUGUAAACUCUAUAAGGCCAUGGCCCACGAGUCGUCCCAGAGCGAACUGGUGGACGACAUCUACCAGGACCUGGAGAACAACUCCAAGGAGUUUGGUCAGCUGGCCUAUGAACUCCUGGAUCAGUCAUACAAGCGUGAUGAGCAGGUGGCCAUGAAGCUUCUGACCUACGAGCUGAAGAACUGGAGUAACUCCACCUGUCUGAAGCUUGCCGUUGCUGCCAAACACAGAGACUUUAUUGCUCAUACCUGCAGCCAGAUGCUGCUCACCGACAUGUGGAUGGGCUGUUUGAGGAUGGGCAAGAGCAACAGCCUCAAGGUGAUCUUGGGGAUCGUCUUCCCUCCUGCAAUUCUCCUCUUGGAAUUUCGUCUCGGAGAUGAGGCUUCGUUUCAUUCAUCUAGAGAAAGCGAGGGCGGGAAAACCAAAGAGGAUGACAACAAAUCCAGCAAGGAUGCUGUCUCCAACGUGGACACCACGUCAAAGAAAGGAGACGAAGAAGAAGAACAAAAGAAGGUCCGGAGGAGGACUCCGAUCGGGAAGAAGAUCUACGAGUUCUACAAUACCCCGUUCACAAAAUUCUGGUUCAACACAAUCUCAUACCUGGUCUACCUGAUGUUGUAUAAUUACAUCAUCUUGGUGAAGAUGGAGCGAUGGCCAUCUCUCCAGGAGUGGAUCGUCAUCUCUUACAUCAUCACUCUGGGCAUGGAGAAAGUACGACAGAUACUGAUGUCAGAGCCCGGUAAAUUGAAGCAGAAGAUCAAUGUGUGGUUGGAGGAUUACUGGAACAUCACAGACCUGGUGGCCAUCUCGGUGUUCCUGCUAGGUUUGCUGCUGCGGCUGCAGAAUGAGCCAUUGAUGGGCUAUGGACGCGUCAUCUACUGCGUCGACAUCAUCUUUUGGUACAUCCGAGUCCUCGACAUCUUUGGAGUCAACAAGUACCUCGGACCCUACGUCAUGAUGAUUGGGAAGAUGAUGAUCGACAUGCUGUACUUCGUGGUCAUCAUGCUUGUGGUCUUGAUGAGUUUCGGCGUUGCUCGUCAGGCGAUUCUUCAUCCAGAUGAAGAGCCAACAUGGCGGCUGGCCAGGAACAUCUUCUACAUGCCGUACUGGAUGAUCUACGGAGAGGUGUUUGCAGACUCCAUAGACCUUUAUGCAAUGGAAAUCAAUCCUCCAUGCGGAGACAAUAUGUAUGAUGAAGAUGGGAAGAAGCUUCCUCCGUGUAUCCCUGGAGCGUGGCUCACUCCGGCCAUCAUGGCGUGUUACCUGCUGGUCGCCAACAUCCUGCUGGUCAACCUGCUGAUCGCUGUCUUCAACAACACGUUCUUCGAGGUAAAGUCCAUCUCCAACCAGGUGUGGAAGUUCCAGCGCUAUCAGCUGAUCAUGACAUUCCAUGACCGCCCCAUACUGCCACCGCCGCUCAUCGUCCUCCCGCACAUCUACAUCGUCCUGAGGAGGCUGUGCUGCCGCUGCCGGAGGACAAACGGGGACCACGAUGACCGCGAGAGACGACUACAGCUGAUCCUGAGUCCAGAUGAGUUGAAGAGUCUUCAUGAAUUUGAGGAACAGUGUGUGGAGGAAUACUUCAGAGAGAAAGACGAUGAGAAAGAGUCGUCAAACAACGAGAGAAUCAGAGUCACUUCAGACAGGGUGGAGAACAUGUUCAUGCGUCUGGAGGAGGUGAACGAGCGUGAGCACUCGAUGAAGGCGUCCCUGCAGACCGUUGACCUCCGCCUGGCCCAGCUUGAAGAAUUCUCGGGUCGGAUGAUGAAUGCUCUGGAGAAACUGGCUGGCAUUGACCGGGCAGAUUUUGUCUGCUCGCGCUCCAGAGGCUCUUCGGUCUGCGAGCCCGCUUCACUUCUGCGUCAUGGUAGCGUCAACAGCGCCGAUGGAUACAGUCUGUACAGGUACCAGUUGGACCACGAUGACAGGACCUCUGUGUCCGGAGAACUGGAGGGCAGCGAUAGGAAGGUCCAGCUGAGUCCAGAGAGACAAGGUGAUGUGAAGGAGUUUGGGUCAACUCUGGAGGUGAGAGGACGGAAGGAGAGGACGCAGUCUCUGUCCAGCAUUGACAUCAGAAUCUCCCCCUGCGACCUGGACCAGAGACCCGACCUCCCGCGCCCCACCUCACCUCAGCCCGAUUUGCCGGAUGGCAACGUAGAGAAAACCCGGCUGGAGGCAGCGGCAUCCUUCCCUCUGGAGAGGUCAAAGGUCACACAGUACUCUCCAACCUGCUCCACCCACAGGAAGUCCAUCAGCAGCCCCACCCAUCAGGACCAGGGCCAGGGCCAGGACCAGGAAGGCUCACAGCAGACCUCUGGAUCUCCCAGCAUGCCUCACUCAUCGGUGGAGGGGAGCAUGGGUGAUAAAAACAAACAGGAAAUGGACGAGGAAACGUUUGGACCAUCCGACAAUCACCAUGGUAACAGCGAGGGGGAGGAACCAUCAGAGGAGGACAGGAUGUUCCCGACACUGCGGUCCAAGAGUCUGAACGCAAACCCAAGUAAGACGAGGACGAAGAAGGAUGGGGAGGAGAUGCAGCGUGCCGCUGGCAGCGUCAAGGAUCUGGUGUCGGUGUUCAGUGAGGGUUCAGGGGGGCCACGGUCCAGGACCAGAACCAGGUCUGACUGCUGAAGGACUGACUGUGUGUUACUAAAGCAGAGAUGAUGAUAGUUUGGUGUGUUGUGAUGAUGUAAUGAUGAGGAUGAUGAUGGUUAUAUUUACAUCUUCCUUCUAGUCUUCUGACCACUC